CCGCCAGUCAUGCGCAGUGGACCUUUUGGCUUUUCCCUGAUCUCAUGGCGUUCCCGUCGCCGUCCGCGUUGUCGUUGCUUAAAGUCCCUAUUGUUACAUGUGUAACCCCACUCUAGUGUCGGUCUACAUUAGUCUAGUGUCUUGAUUUGAUUUGAUGUUGCGGGUUUUGGAUUUCAACGUUUCCAAAGUCAGUUUGCCAAAGUCAAAUCCAGUAAGCUUGAGAAUACGUCCCUUGACAGUUUUUGAGCUAACCUUUUGAUAUUUUAUCCUGCCAAGUUUAUAGUCUAUAAAAUUUUUGGAAUCGUUUUUGUUGUUGUUGUUGUUGCUGUUGUUUUUUCUACUUAUUAUUCCUUUGCUGUCAUUCAGACAUACUGUCACAUGACAAAUGACGACAAAGGAUGGACGCUUAUCGCUCGAUUCGCAAACAACGAGGACAAAAACUGGAUGCGUGACGACGGACUCUGGUGGUAUGACCAGCACGUUACCAUGGAAAUAACCACAGAUUCAUCCGUUGACUGUGACAUGAUCUCACCGGCGUUUUCGUUGGUCAGGGGCAGAGCCUUUAAGAUGACGAGCAGUGAUGAGCCGAGUCACACUUCUUUGUUACAGACCACAGGUGACUGUUUGGCUGGACAAACGUUCCGAUCAAAAAUCACAAGCUAUGGCGACUUUAGAAAUGGCAAAGUUUGGGCCAGUAACCAGUGUCUGGGAAGCUGCACGGUUCAGUAUGGUGGUCAGUACAACUCAAUAGACGGGUUUCAACAGGCUGAGUGCAGUGGUGAAAUCGAAAGCGCUAGCAUCAUCGGCUUCUGGUGUGACUGGCUUAAUGGUGAUGGAUCAGUGAUGAUGAUUGGUGGAGGGGGAAGUUCUUGUGCACGUGCUGAUCAAGGGAGUGGAAUAACAGACGCUAACUCUGCUUCGUUUGUCGAAAUGGUUGGAAGCCUGGCAACCGAAUAUGACUUCGCAUCUACGAGGAAUGUCCCAUCCCAGGGCUAUUCUUUUAAUUUGUGGACCCGUUGAAUGAGAAUCAUCAUUAAAGUGCAUAUAACCACCACUUUUUCUUUCUUUGAAACAUAUUUGCAAGUGAUUAAGAAAUUGUUUUCGAUUGAAUCGUAGAGUCCCUCUGUCCAGGGAAAUUUGAAAAAAAAAAGAUAUCUUCUUGGUAAAAUGAAGCCAUUAUAAUUUGUUUUAUGCUGUUAAUGGAUGGCAAUGGGGCCAGCGUCUAUUUUUUACAUACACCCGACAAAGUAGGAUCUGUCGUGUGGAGUAAUUUUCUUUAGAAUGGCACGAUAGAUAUCGAGAGAGAUAGAGAUAUCCGGUGACUAGGUUUUUUGUUAACUGAGAAGAAAAGUUAUAAUUUAGAAUUCGGAAUAUAAACCACUGUUGGCUUGAACAUGCCACACACCUUUUCCUUAGAUUUGCCCUUCAGUUUUAUUUUCCCUUUAUCAAAGGCCACGGUCACCGUCAUUGUAGCCGGUUGGAUGGUACUGACAGGAACUGAGAUCCGUAUAAGAACCGAGUUUGUUAAGAUGUAUAGAUGUCACAAAGCAGAGUUAUCCAAAUUAUAAUUAGAAAAAAUUUUGGGAUCAAAAUUGGAAUUGCUCACAAACUGCGAGGAUUAUUUUGUUUCAGCCACAGUUCAGGCACUUAAUCAGGCAUACGUCAGUGUGGAAGCUAUUUAAGAGGCACCCUCUGUAAUUUUCAACUAUGGCCAUUUGGACCAGA